AAAGGGGCUGCCCUCAGCUUGUGUCCCAACUUGCGAUACGGCAUCAUUGACCUCCAGGCUCGAGAAACAGGGAUGAAAGCAAGACUACGGCGAGGAGGCGAACAACAUGCCAGCAGUAUCAGUCGCCAAUGGUAAUCUCGUCGGCUCCCAAAGAUGGUGAGCAGUUGCUAAAUGCGGCUCCCCUUAUCAAACUUUCCGCCAAAUGUGGAUUCUUAGCUUACCGGCGGGACAUGCUCUGGACCAGAGGUAUACUUCCAGCGAACGGGUAGGUACUGUCAGAAGCCAGGGGUAGCACUACUCACUUGUGUCCAAGCUUGCAUCUCGAGAACAUAUAUGAGCCUGCAUCUCUUGCAUGUUUUUGAUCCUCAUCCACAGUCAUUUCUUGGACCGAUCACUCUUUCGCACUCAGUUCCUGAGCGUCGACCACACUCUUUUUUAUCUUACCAAAGUCAUUCAUUAAUCUAAUAUCUAAUCAAAAUGCGUUACGCUCUUAUCUUCGCCGGUGUCGCGGCUGCCUACGACGCCUACGGCUACGACGCCUACAGCGACAACAAGGCCAGCUCCAGCACCCCUGCUGUCAAGUACUCCUCUUCCGUCCCCGCCUACGGGGGCUACGGAGAUGACUACAAGACCUCCUCGGCUCCUGCUCCCAGCAAGUCCUCUUCCAGCUCCAAGGUCGGCUACACUACCAUCCACCCCGGCUACGGCAAGCAGCCCGUGACUGUUACCUCCCAGUACCAGCCCUACCCCACCUGCGGCGCCGCUGGCUCUGAUGGCAAGUCCUGCGACAAGUGGAACGAGGACAAGUACGUCUCCACUGUCAUCGACGACUACGAUUCCAAGAAGGUUACCGUCACCUAUGUCGAGAAGCCCAUCACGGUCUACCACACCAAGACUACCGUCACUCACUACCCCACUGCUUCUUCUGAGGGUAGCAAGGACGGCAAGGCCUAUCCCACUGGUAGCUACGGCUACGACGACAAGAAGAACGGCACCAAGGUUUGGUACGAGCUGUACGAGAAGGUCCACGAAAUCAAGUACAAGGACCUCGGCGCUCACGGCCUCCCCGGUUACAGCGGCUCCGGUCUCUGCAAGUCUUGCGAUGACGAGCAGCCCUACAAGGUCAAGGAGUACAAGAACGGCAAGUGGUCUGAGUACGAUACCACUGCUGUUUACAAGGUUCCCACUCCUGAGACGAAGACCUACGAGAAACCCGGCGUUUACACCGAGCCAGCCAAGGAUGUGACAGUUACCUACACUACUACCAAGCCUUCUGAGGCUACAACCACUGCCAAGGCCGGUGUUCCCGUCACUUACGGCGGUGUUACCACCGACUUCAAGGAGACUGGUGUCAAGACCUGCGCUUACGGCGCUUACGAGACCGGCAAGGACAAGAACGGCAAGGAUGUCACCUCCACCGUUGUUAAGACUAUCACUGUCACCGUUUCCACCACUGGAAAGUAUGAAGUUGCUAAGCCCACUACAACCAUCUACGACCAUGACACUGAGGUCAAAUACCCCACCGUUUCCGUCUACAAGCCCGGCGUUUACCACAAGGAUGCGCAGACUGUUACCAUCACCAAGUCUGGUGACUCUGCUUCUUGCGAGUACAAGCAGACAAAGACUUACCCUGCUGAGCCCAAGAAGACUCCCACUUAUGGUGACGAGUAUCCUCCCUACGGUGGCAAGUCUUCCUCCAAGCCUUCCGUAGAGAUCAAGACUUCCACUGAGUACAAGCCUGAUUACCCGGCUUCCACUCCCUCUGUCUCCAAGUCGAGCAGUAAGCCUGACAAGUACCCCGCCACCUCCAGCGCGCCUUACUAUCCUGAGUACCCCGUCAUCUCUUCGACUCCUGUCUACAACACAAAGAAUAGCUCCAGCACUCCUUGCGCCAGCUCCAGCUCCAAGCCGUCUGUCGAUACCAAGACCAAGUCUGUUGAGUACCCAACUUCGACUCCUGUUCAUGGCGAUGAGUACCCUCCCUACAAGCCCAGCAGCUCCAAGCCCUCGGUAGAGACCAAGACCCGCGAGUACCCAUCUUACGAGACUUCCUCCGUUCCUUCUUACGAUGACAAGAAGUCGAGCUCGAUCGAGUACCCCUCUUACCCGACUUCCAGCUCUGUCCCUUCCUACGAUGAUAAGAAGAGCAGCACUGAGUACCCUCAAUACCCCGCGACCACUACCGUUCCUCACUACGAGACCGGAAAGUCCACCCCUUGCCCCAGCUCCACCAAGCCCGUUGACGACCACAAGAGCUCCAGCGUCGCUUAUCCCGAGUACCCUGUCGCUUCGUCCAGCCCUCCUGUUUACGAGGCUUAUCCCACUCCUACCCCUGCAAAGUAUGAGGACGACAACAAGUUCUCCUACGCUCCUACUCCUUCCAAGACCACUGCUGCCUACCCUAACCUUUCCUCUGACUACCCUGAGGAGAACAAGGACAACAGCUACGAGUCCGGCAAGGGCUACGGUUACGCUAAGCGUGCUGGCGUUGUCCAGCGUCGCCAGGCUGCCGUUGGCAAGCGCAGCGCCCGCGAGAUCGUUGUUUAAGUCUGCUCAGUAAUGAGAGUAGACGAGAUGAGCAUGUUUCCUUGUGUUAAUUAAGUUCAUUUGGUCUGGAGGAUCGGUAUAUAAGAAUGACUGUAGAUGUUUGUUAAGUUUAAUACAAUGCGAC